AUGUUGAAAGCUGCCCCCCUCUCCCCUAGUACUUCUAAAAGAUCGAAAUCACGCAGUCCAUCUAAACUUUCUUGUAGUACUUCUACAAGAACGAGAUCAUGCAGUCCAUCUAAACCUUCUUGUAGUACUUCUACAAGAUCGAAAUCACGCAGUCCACAUGGGUCAUAUAGGUCACUGACAAAAGCCCGUAGCCCCUCGCUGGGUACGGCAGACCCCAUGUCCGAGUCAAUACUGCUAAGUGCAGAGGGCAGCUACAGCUCUAUUGAUGAAAUAGAAUCCGAAAACUCGCCAAAUGAAAAUACUGAGGUAUUUACAGCACAAAACUCAGACCCCACCGAUAUCCUAGACGAAACCACCUUGGAAUGGUUAGGCAAACUGGCAAAGCAAACGAAUGAAAUAAAAAUUCAUCCGAUAAUUCAAACACGCUGGCGCACGAUUCUUUCAAGCGGACUGAACAAAGAAGAAAGAGCAAAAAUAGUUGCAAAAGUUCCAACACCCGCCAUAAGAGGAUGA